GCCUCUUAGUAACUCCUCCCCGAUUGCAAUCGACUAUUGUAGCUGAUCAGCAAAGCGUCGUGCGUUUAAUGUCGAACGCAUGGAAAGUGUCCGUAUUAACGGAUGUGCCUUCAACUCCUCCCCGUCUGCAACCGGCUCUGCUCGCCGUUCAGGUCGAACAGUUGGUUUCAACCUCAGAUUAAAUGACCAACUCUCGGUUUACCUGGAUAACUUCCCCUUCACUAUAGUCGACCUUAAAAUGAAAUCUGGCACACUGAAAACGAGAUCCUUUUACCUUGACGAACUUUUUUCAAACUUUUCAUGAGAUUUAACUUUGGAUGACAAACGGUUUGAGGAAACCAGGGCGGACAAAAGGAUACAUUAUGGCAAUAUGUGGCAGAAGAAGUCGGCCCAAGUUCAUUCUGUACAUUCUCGGGGCGUUUGUAGUGGGAUAUUUAGUGUUUCAUAGGAACACACACAGUGAUGUCGGACUGGCGAGUCGAAGAGAAGUUAUAGUCGAGGAGCCCAAAAAUAUGGACGAGGAAUUCCUGAAGAAACCUGUUUACGAGAAGCCUCCUCUAGACAUAAAUGCGUUGGGAGAGAUGGGUAGAGCUGUUAAACUUGACCUGACUGAAGAAGAGAAGCGAGAGGAGGAGGAGAGCAUCAAAAAACAUCAGAUAAACACUUAUGUGAGUGAUAGGAUAUCAUUACACCGCAGGCUGCCUGAAAGAUGGAAUCCACUAUGUAGUAACCUGAAAUAUGACUACCUGAGCCUGCCGUCAACAUCAGUAGUGAUAGCCUUUUACAAUGAAGCCUGGUCCACACUACUGCGGACAGUGCACAGUGUCCUGGAAACCUCGCCGGACCUGCUGCUGUCUGAAAUCAUACUGGUGGAUGACUACAGUGACCGAGAUCAUUUAAAGGAGCCUCUAGAGAACUACAUCGCCAAUCUCAGAAAGGUGCGUCUGAUCCGUGCAAGGAAGAGAGAGGGUUUGGUGCGAGCGCGGCUCCUGGGGGCGUCCAUUGCCACAGGAGAAGUGCUGACCUUCCUCGAUUGCCACUGUGAGUGUCAUGAAGGCUGGUUGGAGCCUUUACUCCAGAGAAUAAAGGAUGAGCCUUCGGCUGUGGUGUGUCCUGUGAUUGAUGUUAUCGACUGGGACACCUUCCAGUACCUGGGCAACCCUGGAGAACCUCAGAUCGGAGGAUUUGAUUGGCGAUUGGUGUUCACAUGGCACACUGUCCCAGAGCAUGAACAGAAACGCAGAAGUUCUCCCACUGAUGUCAUCAGGUCUCCUACAAUGGCUGGGGGUUUGUUUGCAGUCAAUAAGAAGUACUUCCAUUACCUGGGCACAUAUGACACAGGAAUGGAGGUGUGGGGUGGAGAGAACCUGGAGUUCUCAUUCAGAAUCUGGCAGUGUGGAGGGAGUCUGGAAAUCCAUCCUUGCUCUCACGUGGGUCACAUCUUUCCGAAGCAAGCGCCAUACUCGAGACGCAAGGCCUUGGCCAACAGCGUGCGGGCGGCAGAAGUCUGGAUGGACGAAUACAAAGAAGUGUAUUACCAUCGCAGCCCUCAUGCUCGUCUGGAAGCAUAUGGUGAUGUGACGGACAGACGGAAACUCCGAAUGCGUCUUGGCUGUAAAGAUUUUAAGUGGUUCUUGGAGAACAUCUACCCUGACAUUCAAGUCCCAGAGGACAGGCCUGGGAUGUUUGGCAUGCUGAAGAAUAAAGGAAUGGCCAACUACUGCUUUGACUACAACCCACCUGAUGAUCACAAUAUGGCCGGUCACCGGGUCAUUCUUUACUCUUGUCACGGCAUGGGACAAAACCAGUUCUUUGAGUACUCCACACUCCAACAGAUCCGUUAUAACACGAGGGAUCCUGCAGGCUGCGUCGUGGCUGAUCCCGUCUCCACAUUCCUUACCAUGCAUCACUGCAGUAAACUCAGGGAAGCUGUGCCUGAAGACCAGAAGUUUCUAUUCAGAGAGGAUGGCUCUCUCUACCAUGUUCAGACACAGAAGUGUGUUGAGGCAGUAGACCGGACUGACACUGGGAACCCUGGCCCCGCUCUCCGGCCCUGCUCCGACUCAGCCUCCCAGAAGUGGUUCUUUGAAGUGAGAACAUAGCAGAGGUUCUCUCUACACUCUUCACCUGCACUACAGUUCAAAGAGUGUUUGAUAUCGGCUUCUCUGACUUCACACCAGCUUACUGAGCAUUCCAGUUUCUCCGUUAAGGAUUGAUAGUGCCUUCCUGUUACACAACGUGCACAGUACAGAUCAGUUAAAAAAAUAUAUAGUAUGUUUUAAUGAAUUAACAUAUUAGAUUUGAACAUUUUUGGAUAUUGUAUUAAAAUUCAUCAUUCAUAAUAGAGUUGUUAAGUUUGUAAUCCUAAAACCCUGAGAAGAGUGUUUCAUUUCCGUGCCAUGAGUGUUCUCUAAAAUUUCGAAUGAGUUUUGGAUAUCUGCAUAAAAUAAUGUACUGUAUGUGUGCUACAACAUAAUCUGCUGUUCAAAAGUUUGGGGUCAGUAAGGUUUUGUUUUUAAAGAAAAUAUUUUUACUGAGCAAGGAUGCAUUAAAUUAACCAUAAGUGACAGUUAAGACAUUUAUAAUGUUACAAAAGAUUUUUAUUUUAAAUAGAUUCUGUUCUUUUGAACCUUGAUUUACCAAAGAAUCCUGAAAGAAAUGUCAUAUUUAGAAUAUUAGAACGAUUUCUGAAGGAUCAUCUGACACUGAAUACUGAAUAUUUGCUAUCAUAUGAAUAAAUUUCAUUUUUAAACACAUUAAAAUAGAACACAAAUAGAACAUUUAAAUUGUAAUAUUAUUUCACUAUAUUACCUUUUUUUUUAUGGUGAGCAUAAAAGACUUAUUUCAAAAACAUUAAAAUUUCUUACCAGCUCCAAAUGUUUAAACAGUCGUGUAUGUUGUAUAAUGAAAUGUGAAAGUCUUAAAAUCACAGACUUUAUUUUAAUCAUAAAUCCAAAACUGCCAUUCUUAAAGCCCACAGGAAGUUCCUGAGGGAAGGAACCCAUGGUGAAUUAGUCUUGCAGGUUGGCCUGCAUAUAGGCGUCAUUACUACAGAAGAUAUAACACUGUAUUUAAGAGCUCAUCAUAACCUAUGGGUCUCUCUGUCGCAAUUGACAAUCAUUACCAUUUUACAAGAUGGUGAUUUGAGUUAUUUUAAUCAGUCAGUGCUGCCAGCUCCAUCUGCUGGUGUCUCAUCCUCCCCUGCUAUUCUGCAAAGUAGCUUCUAUUUAUUCAAAUUCUUGACAUAUUUAACUACUAGUGACUAGCAAUUUUAAAAACUCCUCUGUAUUCCGGUUCCUGAUGUAAGUCAGAUUUCGCUUGCACUGGUUGUGUGUGUAUUUUUGGCUGAGUAUUGAGGUUAGGCGCAGAUAAGCAGCAUUGCUGCCGAUGGCGCUGCUGCAGUUGUCUUUCCAACCACUGGAUGGUGCCAAAUUCUCCGUUUUAUUCCAUGUCCUGCUUUGUCCUCCAUGUUAUAACAUCAGCUCUUAUUUACAUGUGUGUAAUUUCAGUGGCCCACUAUGCAGUGAUUGAGAUGCUGGGUUACACUUUUUAUACAGUUAAAAAUGUACAAUGAUUAUUACUUGCGUCUGAAAGCAUAUGGCAGCCUACCUCUAGUCAUUUACCUGCUGUAGAGAAUAGAUUGGGGGAUGAAACAGAGCUGGAUGUCACAGCAAAUACUAGAUUGCAGUGGCCAAAUUGCUGUGGUUUUUGCUUCAUAUUUCCCUGAAGUUGUAGAGAAACAGUGGGGGUUAGUUAGUUUGGAGAAUGUGGGUAUAAACCUUUAAAUUCUGACCAUCUGUGGGGAUUAUUUCUGUAACUCCUUUUAUAAUGGAUUUAUUUGAUCAACUUGGCUUUCUCAGUUAUUUAUUACUUCAGGAAUUGCUGGUGUCCUUAAAAUUGAUGGAAUGUCGAAAAUAGGAAGUAGAUUUUUAGUCAGAAAUGACCUUUCUGUCAUUAUUUACUCAUCCUCAUGUUGUUCCAGGACUGUAUGACUUUCUUCUGUGUAACACACAAAAAAAGAUGAUUUGAAGAAUGUUUAUGCUGCCAUUUUCCAAAAAAGGUACUUUAAAAAUAUAAAAGUAGUCCAUAAAAUUCAGGAGCUAUAUUCUAUAUAGAAAUCUAGUUUUAUAAGCUGUUAUUGGGUGAAAACCACCAUUCACUUUCAUUUUAUGGAAAAGAGCAGCUUCUAUAAAUAUCUCUUUUUGUGUUCCACACAGAGAAAUGUUUAUGAAAGACUUAAAAGUGAGUAAAUGAAGACUUUUUAAGAUAUUUAACAUGUUUUAAGUGCCUUACACAUGUGUUCAGAGAAGGACAUUUAUUGCUAAAUAUAUAAGUGAAAGGGAAGUUUUCUUGUUUGGUUUAUAUGAGAUAUUUUUUUGUAUUAAUUUAUAAGGUGAUGGGCCAACUGAUCAUUGUCAUGGGAAGAAUUGGUUUACUGAUGUGAUUCUCCAAGAGCAUGUGACAUGAGCUCAAUACUGGACAGAUGUUUCCAGGGCCUUCAUAGAUAAGAUGAUGUUUGAGAGAUUGAUCAUGUGAUGAUAAAAUUGAGAACCCAUUAUGUUUGUGAUGGUAGCCACAGAAUUGACAAUGGGUUUUCACAAAGAGGUCAAAAAAGAGGAUAUUCUGUAUGGAUGGCCUUAAGUCCUAUUUAGACCACUGUGGCUAUAUGGUCAAUUUAUCCUGGAAAUAUCAAACACAAAGAAUGAUAUGUUCUCUAUAUAAAUGUGGUUCAAGCUGGUGCAUCAAACUGCAGAAAAAUGAAUGGCCAAAAAGUUGUGUGGUUGGUUACAGGAGUAGUUAAUAUGCACUUUUCUUGGAAUAAUGAAUGAUUUUUAAUUUAAUUGUAUUUUACGUUUAAUUUUGCUGAUGGUAGAAUGUUGAAACGAUGUUUUGAAAUGGUAUCAAUGCUGGAAGAAAAUUCAGGUAACUUUAUACUGUGAUGCAAGUGACCUUAACAUCAGAAAUGAAGGUAUUCUUUUUAAAAAAAAAAAAUGCAUUAUGAUUAAUUAUGUCUAAUAUCUAACUUAAAGGUGCACUCAGUAUUUGUUUUGUUACGCUACACCAUUUUAUGUCAUUAGAAAAUCAGCAGCAGUUUAUUUAUUAAUGCGCAAGGUUUCUGGAAUAAGGUUUGUAGUAUGUAACUUGAACCAACCCACUCCAUGCAAAAUAAAACUGCUUUUAUUUUAUAAACUCUUGGGUCCUGAUAUGACUGCAGGCUUCGUUUCAUGUCAGCAUACUUUUUUGUUGUUAAUU